CGUACACCUAGUUGGCGUCCUUCAGCCUCACCGAUUUCCAUCAAAAGUUUGGUCUUGCAAGAAGCUCCUGCCGAAUUCACACUUUGUCUUGUGGAAAUGUCUCACAUUUCAAAAGCAGUGUACUCGACAGUGCCUUUGGAAGACAAAUCAGAUAUUCGGUUGCUCGUUGUCCACCCUGGUUCUGGCGAUGAACCUAUUUGUUGCAGCCUCAAGACAGUUCCACUAUCAGAGCAUCCCCGCUAUGACGCCUUAUCAUAUGCUUGGGGCCCUCCAGAGCAGGUAAAGGUACUACAGCUUCUCGAUGCUCCUGUGGAAAUCCGCGCGAACCUGUGGUGGGCGUUGGUCCAUCUCCGUCUUCCCACCCAAGACUGGGUUGUCUGGGUAGAUGCUCUAUGUAUUGAUCAGAGCAAUAUCGGCGAGAGGAAUCACCAAGUCAGGCUAAUGAGCCAGAUAUUUACCAAUGCCGAGAUAGUUGUAGCCUGGCUAGGUUGUGAGGCCGACGAUAGCGACUUUAUCAUGGAUUAUCUGGCUGGUGCCUCCAUCGAGUUGGAUGCUGAUGAUCCGCUCUUGGAUUCGUUAGAUUUGGCCCUUGGUAUUAGUGGUAGUUCUAGACCUACACGUGCCUCAAUUGUGAUCGGGCAGUCUAGAAGUCACCUAAUACCAAACAACGACAUUUUGAGGAAAUCUUUACGAAAAAUCUACGGACGAAGCUACUGGCAGCGAAUAUGGGUCUUACAAGAAUUCGGGCUUGCAAAAGAUGUAGUCGUUUGUUGUGGAAAGAAAAUGGUUCCAUGGAACGCAUUUUUAUUGUUGGAAAACGACUUUGAGAGCACCGAGGACGGUAGGCCAUAUGGACCUCACAGCCCUGCAACUACUCUUUUGCAAUAUCGAAAGGAUCGGGUUGGGAUGCCACAACGCCGGUUCACAGAGAUGUACAAUCUCAUCUCUCUUGUGCUUCUCUUUGGAGACCGUCUCUGUUCAGACCCAAAGGACAAGAUUUAUGCUCUUCUUUCUAUGGCGGUGGACUGCCAACACGACGAGAUUAAAGUGGACUAUUCCAAGACCUUGUUCUCAAUCUAUUGCGAUGCUCUUCAACGAUGUCUCGGCAAAUCAGCCUCGAAGUGGAACUGGCUCACCUCAUCCUCGAUUCCCUGGGCAAACCAAGAAAAUCAACCAGUUAUGGUGCUUCGGGCUAUCAUUCGUUAUGUCCUCCAUUAUGCUUUGAAUGAGUUUGCGGAUCUCGGUUGGCCUGAAGACAACGGGCUAGUGCUGCCAACAUCGCGAGAACAUCGACAAGCUCUUGACUUGGAUCUCUUCGAGAGCGUAAGCGCAGGACGCUCUCCUUUGAGUACAUACCAACGAGCAUGGACUGCAUUGCUUCAGGUGGGAAGGCGUGCCAUCAACUGGCUGGUUUCUGGGGACGAAGACAUUGGAAAAUUUAAUGAGGAGCUUCAAUUAUGGCCGUUGCAUUUCCCGAUCGAAGUUCGAGAUCUGAGUAAGCUAUACUUAUUUAUAUCGGUGUACAGUGUCUAUGACAAGAUUGACCUGAUGAUGACGGAAGCGGAGGUAAUAAUCAGACCUAAGAGAGAAGGACUAAGUAUUAUUAUCCAGCGUGAAACGGAGGAGUUUCUAGUCCGAAAGGAUAAUUCAGAUAGGAAUUGAGUUAUCAGAACCUCG